AUGUGGCACAGCAAGAAGGCGAAAGGCGGGAAACACGGAGGCAAGAUGCUCGCUUGCUUCGGUGGAACCAUCCCCGUAGAGGCCUCCAGCUCUUUCGCAGACGGUCGCCAGAAAUCGCUCAAGUCGCACGAAGGCCUGCGAAUGGCCGCGGCGACACUUGAUGACAGCGACCAUGACGGCGACCAUCUCACGACCGCCAAGCGGGAUCAUUCCCCUUUCUCUCAGGACAAGAGAAAUGUUCUUCUUUCGACAGGUGGGACCCGCGUCUUCCCAACCAACGAAUCCCCGAAUCCACGUCAGCCGUUUUCCUCAGCCAACGGACCCACGUGGCCGGAUAAGUCUUUGUCGCAGCCGAACCCUAACACGGAGGCCGCCGCCGCGGCCGCUACAGCCAAAGCCGCAGCGGAAGGUAUUCUCCCGCCUCUCGGUGCUACCGAAGCUAAGUACCUUCGACAUAGUCACCAGCUGAAUCACCCCCCUCAUCUUCACCACCCGAAAGCUGUCACGCCGGAUGCUGACGUGGCCGCCGCAACCGCCAUCGCUGCGGCGGCCAUAGUUGGGCCUGCUGCUCCUGUCGCGCCGCUGGUACAGCAGGGGAUAGAUGCUUCUGGGAAACCCGCAAAACCCGUGAAGCCGCUUAGUCAUCAUACUAACGGCGGGACAGGCAGAUCCGGUGGGAGAGAAGGGGAGAAGGUGCAAGUCGCGCGAUUUAAGGAAGAGGAUGAGGACGAGGAGGACACCUCAUGCAGCAGCGAGUCCGCGAGAGCCGCCGGAUCUUCCGUGGGCUCCUGCGAGAGCACGUGUGUCCGAGUGCCUCGUGGCGGGAUGGGGUUUGGCGCGGGAAUCGCGGAGGGCAGCGAGGAGCUGGACGAGUUGAGGCUUGAAGUUGCGGAGUUGAGGCGGCGGGUGGCGAGGCACGAGGAGGAGGCGAAGAAGCUGCGAGAUGAGGUGCUCUAUCUUCGCGCUUGCGGCUAUGAGAUGCACUUAGCUAAGAGCCAGCAGCAGCAGAGGCGCGUUCUCACACCAGCAACCAGCUCCUCACGGUUACCGCUCCAGGAUGUAGGUAACCUCCCGGCAGCCGUGCCUGGGACCAUCAUGAACACGUUCGGGAACCCUGAGAACGCGAUGUCGAGCUUAGAGAUGAUGAUGGGGAUGCGUAUAGCGGGGAUGGCGGAAAACGCAGAGCUUAGGGGAUCUGGAGUCGCAGGAGGAGGAGUCGGAAGGGUAGAUGAGGGAUCAGCGGUAGAACUAGCCGCAGCAGGAGCGGAAGCUGGGAAGGCAGGACGAGGAGGGGAGCAGCAGGCGCAGGGGCAGAAGGAAAACAGGGAGAAUAGGCAGCCUGGGAACGGUUCGAAUGGGUUGAGCGGUUUGAACGGUUUUCAGGAACGAGCCAGUCCGCGAGGAACGGGUGGGGUGGAGGAGAGAGGGCGUGUGCUGCAGGAUAGGGGGUUUGCAGGCGUGCAAGACAGGGGGAGUACGGGCGUGCAAGACAGGGGAAGUACGGGCGUGCAAGACAGGGGAAGUACGGGCGUGCAAGACAGGGGAAGUACGGGCGUGCAAGACAGAGGAAGUACGGGCGUGCGGGAUACGAGGGGUAAUGCGAGUGGUGGUGAUGGGCUGUCCGUCCUGCCUCCCCUGUGGGCAUCCGAUUCCCCUUCCAAAGAGAACAGUCACAGGGAGGGUGGUGGGGCUCGUGGUGGUGGUGGUGGUGCUGCUGCUGCUGCUGGGGAAGCUGAUGUGGCGGUGGCGCCAGCAGUUCUUUUCUCUCCUCGUCCCGCUGCCACGUCAGCAUGCCCUGUCCUGCCAGCUCGGCCUGCCACGCCAGCAGCCGUCGCGCGGCCGCCGGUGUACAGCGGGCGAGCGAGUCUGGAGAAGAUGAGGCCGCCGCCUAUAAAGGGGAUGCCGCUGCCGUGGGAGUCGGUUGAUGACGUGGCGAAUCUGCAGGCUGGGAUUGGCUGUCAGGCUGCUGCUACUGCUGCUGCUGCUGCUGCUGCGGGGAAAGAGACAAGGGCGUGUGCAGGAGGAGAAGCGGUAGGAGAGCAGGGGAAGCAUGGAAUACAAGAGGAGGAAGGUGAUCAGGGUGUUGUCAGGAGUGUGGAGGGUGGGUCGACUGCGGUGGGAGGUGCGGGGCUGGCAAGAUCGGGUUCGGGAAGCAGUGCGGUGAAGAGCGGUGGGAGGAGGAGCGGGCCUGCUUUGGUGUGGCGAGUGGUGAACGGAGAGGGUGUGUGGACGCUGGCUGGGAUGGAUGGUUCACAGGAACAGGAAAGUCAGAGUGCUGUGGUGAUAGGUGCUGCCAAUGCCCCUCGUGCUGCUGUGCCUGAUGAUGGUGAUGCCGCUGCUGGUUCUGCCACUCCUCGUGCUGCCGCUGCUGCUGGUUCUGCUGGUGCAGUGGGUGCAGCAGCUACAGCAGCAGCAGCAGCAGCAGCAGCAGGAGCGGCAGCAGCAGCAGCAACAGCGGCGGCAUCAGGAGUAAAGGCAGUAGCAGCAGUGGACCACGGUUCGGCAGUGAAAGCAUGGCUGGAUGGGACAGCAGGGAGCCUGAUACAGUCACCCUCGGUAGAUGAACCGGCAUGGGCAGUGGGCGUGUGGGAGGAGGCAGGAGUGAGCGCGGAGCAGGAGGCACUGCAAGGGUAUCAUCAGAUGGGGACGUGUGAUAACGAGCUGAAGCUGACUUCUGAGACGUCUCAAAAGAUGUGUGAUAAUGAGCUGAAGCUGCAUCCCACAAAUCCCUUCCUCUCCCCUCCUCCUGCUGAUACCUUGCUUUGGGAAGAGCAUGGCGCUCCCAUUGCAGCAUCCGCGUUACAGGUGGGCCCGGUAGAGGCAGCAGCAGCUGCUCCCGAAACAGAGUGCUAUCUGGCUGAGGACCGACCAAAGCACGAGCAGCAGCAGCAGCAGCAGCAGCAAGUAACAGCGGGGGUGCAGGUUCACCCGGGAGAGAGUGCUGACGCAAGACCGACAAUGAAGAGCGCAAUGAAGGGCGCUUCUCCUCGCACUGCUGCUAACGCCACACUCCCUGCCACAAUCCCCCCUGCCACACCUCCCCCUGCCACACCCCCCUCCGCUGAGCCUUCCGCUACUGCUCCCACCACUCCCCUUGUUCACGCGAGUACCCCAACUCCCGGACUGGCCAAUCCCGCUUCGCCAGCUGGACUGCCAGGUGGGCUGCCAGCUGGGCUGCCAGCAGGGCCGGAGGCGAAGCCAGCCCUAUGGGCGGCAGCAGUGGCAGCGGCGACAAUGAUGACCCCCACCGCUGCCCGGAUCUCGGACCUCCUCUUUGGCUCCUCCCCCCCUCCCUCCGGUCCUUCUGACCCCGCCCCUCCCUCUGGCCCGACUCCUCACUCUGCCCCCUGUGGCCCCAACCCCGCAUCUGCUCUCUCUCCGCCCUCGGAUAGUUUCUCUCUGGGUGUGAGCCAGGGCGUGAGGGGAGGGGUAGGGGCGGCAGGAGCAGAAGGGGAGAGCGUGGGGGCGAGGAGGCGGGGAGUGGGCGAGUCGGAUAGCUCGCUCACUCUGGUGCGAGGGGCGUCGUGCCGAAGCUCUGUUGACACGCCCGUGUUUGCAGCAGGUGCUGGUGCUGGUAGCCGUUCCUCCCUGCCUGCUAUGGGGGGUGAAGGGCGAGGGGAUUGGGAGGAGGAGAGUGAGGGGGAAGAGAGUGAGGAAGAGAGUGAGGAGGGGGAGAGUGAGGAGGAAAGCGAAGGGGAGGAGAGCGAGGAGGAGAGUGAGAGCGAUUACAGUGAAAAUGGUAGUGGUAGCGAUGAGGAGGAAGAGGAGGAGAGGGGUGAGGUUGGGAAAGUGGGUGUGGGAGAGAAGAGUGCCACAGAGGACGACAGAAGCUGUACCAGCUUCCUCUCCUCAGGUGGGGCCACUGCUGCGGCGUCAGCCCUCUCAGGUGAAUUCUCAGGUUUCUCAGGUGAACUCCACGCGUAUGCAGCAGACGCAGCAGUGAAUAGGCAGGGGCCGCAGGCGGACGCAGCAGCGAGGGUGGGGGAGAGAGAUGCGCAAGGCGGGGUUGGGGGUGGGGAAACGGACGGGGUUAGGUUUCAGUCGAUUCUCUGCAAGAGCAAGUCGCCUAUGGAAGCUUCCGAGACGCUGCAGGUUGCCGCAGGUGGGCAUGGUGGUGGUGGUGCAGCAGCAGAGAGUGAGCUUGUGCCCGAGGUGGCUAGAGAAGGCACAGGUGAUGCUUCUGAUAGGGAGAUGGCAGGGGACUCCCUUGGGUAUACCGAUCAGGGUGCUGGGGUAGGGAUUCAUGGGAAAGAUGAUGCAGCGAGGAAAGAGGAGAAGGCUGGUGAGUUGGGGAGGAGGGAAGAGGGCGGGGGAGAGAUGGUGGAGGGUGAGGGGAAGAAGGAGAGGGCGUGGAGGAAGGAGAGUCCCUUCGGGAAGAGGAGGGCAACAGGAGUGGUGCAGGAUUCAGAGCGACGGGAGCGCGGGGUGGAUGGAGGGCGAGGGUUGGUGGAACGGGAUGCCUAUCAGGAGAAGGGGCACAGGGGCAGGAAUCCGUUUUCAAGUGGGGAUGAAGACAUGAGCUUUGACGAGGGGGAUGCAGCGCGCUUCCGGAUUACGGCAAGCGUCGCGAUGGCGACGUUGUUGUCGUCGUCCCGUUCGCCGUUGCUCGCGUUUCUCGUCGUCGCUGUCCUCGUUCUCGCGUGCGCCUCUAGCGCGGCGUACGCGCAGUAUUCGGGGAAGUUCGCCGUACGCGCUAUAGAGAACGCGCUGCGGAAGAAGAGGCUGACGACGGCCAUCACGUACUUCAGAAAAAGCGGUUUCAACAAAACUCUUGCGGAGAGGCUGCCCACGGGCAAGUAUACGUUUCUGGUGCCAAUCAACAGCGGGUGGAACAAGAUGAGCACCUGGGCGCGCGGGCAGAUCCGAAGCAACAACACGCGGCUCUGGCAAAUCUUCGCUUAUCAUUUCAUAAAGGAGCGGUACACCAAAGUCCAACUCGCGUGGUAUCCGCCUGGAACUGAGCUACCAACGGGGAUGGGGAAACAGGUCAUCCGCCGCCUACCCACCAAGGACCCCCAGUAUGCCAAGCCGGGGCAACAUCGGGGAGCAUAUAUCGAAAUGGGUGAAAUUUUCCAAGAUGGCCAUGUAAUUGUGCAUGGGGUCAACAACGUCCUCGUUCCUAAUUUUAAGCGCCUCAAUGCCUUUUCCCCUGUAGAAAUGGAGACGCGAAGGUUCAUCGGUCCGGUGCUCCUGCUCGCGGUGUUGCUGCUCGGCGCUCUCGUCGCGGCGCGCGCGCAGUACUCUUCGGCGAACGCGCUGAAACAAAUCGAGGCUGCUCUUCGGAGAAAGAAAAUGACGACGACGAUUACGUACAUGAGGGAAUGCGGAUUCAACAACACUCUUGUAAAGAAUCUGCCUACAUCGCGUGCGACGCUGCUCCUGCCGAUGAACACCGGGUGGAACAAGCUCAGCGCGUAUACGCGAAACCUGAUUCGCAAGGACCCCACCAAGAUGUGGCAGGUGUUCGCGUACCACAUGCUGGCGGGCCGUUACAUGUAUAAGGAGCUCGUUAAAAUCCCCUACAACAAACUGAUUGGGACUGGCCAUGGGGACUUCAAAGUCAGGCGGUUCCCGACAAAGCUCGCUCAAUUUGGGAAACCGGGCACGCAUGGUGGUGCCUAUGUCAAGGUGAACAAUGUGUAUCAAGACCCCCACGUGGCAAUACACGGUGUCAACAACGUUAUGGUUCCCUUAUUCACUGAGUAG